UUCUCCCAUUCAGCCAGCGUGCGCGCUGCCGGCUGCCGCGCUCUGUCUCUCGUGCGGCAGUUGGGCGACCGCCGACCGCCGCCGCCGUGUCCGUCACAAUUAAUCCUCGUCUGUUGCCGGGCUCCUCCUCCCGCUCGUCGCCGCCUCCGAGAUCCACCGCCGCUGUCGAGCUCCUUCCCCGCGCGCGGCCGUUAGACUCCUCUCCACGCGUCGCCGACUUUGCGCUUCAAGCUCCGCUGCGCUAGCUCCGAGAUCCUCCACUGCCGUGCUCCGAGAUCCGCCGCCGCCACCGAGCUCCUUCUCCGUGCGCGGCUGCUGGGCUCCUCUCCAGGUGCUGCCAACUCCGUGGAAUCGGGCUCCUUCCCUUCCCGACGAUGCAGGCAAAGGGAGGCUGAUACUUCCAUGCCGCAGUUGAAGAUUUGAUCAGCUAUUGCCUUCACUGCUGGCCUGUUCUCCUCUGGAGUUACAAGGAAGCCAUGGCGGGCCGGGAGGAGAGAUAUGUGAGGUUUCAGGACUGGAAAUCAGAGCAAUCUGUUUCUGUUACUUCAGAUAGGGUAAACUCAGAAAGAGGGCAUACCAUCUUUGGUUUGUUAAAGGACACAACUGCAGGAGCCUUUUCAUUCCUGGGGAACUCUUCACAUUCUGAAGCUCUAAACAAAUCAGGCCCAGAGGAAAAGAAGUCCAAAACAAGAGUUCUUGAUCCUCAAGGGCCAUUUUUGCAGAGAUGGAACAAGAUAUUUGUGAUAUCAUGUCUUUUUGCAGUUUUUGUGGACCCAUUGUUCUUGUAUAUCCCAGUAAUUGAUGGUGGCAAGAACUGCCUGUACUUGGACAAGAAGUUAGAGACCGUAGCAAGUAUCCUGCGCUUUUUCACAGACAUCUUCUAUUUACUCCAUAUGCUAUUUCAGUUCAGAACAGGCUUUAUUGCUCCCUCUUCUAGAGUGUUCGGUCGGGGUGUCUUGGUCAAGGACACAUUUGCAAUAGCAAAGCGAUAUAUAUCAACACUGUUCCUGGUGGAUUUCUUAGCAGUUCUGCCCCUCCCUCAGGUUUUUGUGUUGGUGGUGCUGCCUACUCUCCAAGGUCCUGAAGUUAUGAAGGCAAAAAUUGUACUACUGGUUAUUAUUAUUUGUCAGUAUGUGCCUCGACUGCUCCGAAUAAUACCACUUUACCUUCAAAUCACGAGAUCUGCUGGCAUACUUACAGAGACAGCAUGGGCUGGUGCUGCUUUCAACCUUAUAAUUUAUAUGCUUGCCAGUCAUGGCUUUGGAGCUCUUUGGUACAUUCUUUCCAUACAGCGAGAAGACACCUGUUGGAGACAAGCAUGUAACAAUCAGACUAGCUGUGAGCUUACAUCUUUAUACUGUGGGUAUCAUCCACUUGCAAAUAAUUCUUUCUUACAAAGUGCAUGCCCAACAAAUAGCACUUCCAAUUCCAAUCCAGACCCGAUAUUUGGAAUCUUUCUACCAGCUCUCCAAAAUGUUUCACAAUCAACAAGUUUCUUUGAAAAACUAUUCUAUUGCUUUUGGUGGGGCCUACAGAAUCUAAGUUCCCUUGGCCAGAACAUGAAAACAAGCACUAAUACGUUGGAGAAUCUGUUUGCUGUUUUUGUCUCGACAUCGGGUUUGGUUCUAUUUGCACUACUUAUUGGUAAUGUGCAGACCUAUUUACAGUCAGCUUCUGUGCGUAUAGAAGAAAUGAGAGUGAAAAGGCGUGAUACAGAGCAGUGGAUGGCACAUAGGUUACUCCCUGAGAAUCUCAAGGAUCGGAUUAUGCACCAUGAACAAUAUAGGUGGCAAGAAACAAGAGGGGUUGACGAAGAGGGCCUUCUUAAAAAUCUUCCCAAGGAUCUUAGAAGAGAAAUAAAGAGACAUCUUUGUUUGUCGCUUCUCAUGAAGGUUCCAAUGUUUGAAAACAUGGAUGAACAACUGUUGGAUGCCAUGUGUGAUCGUCUGAAGCCUAUGCUGUACACAGAAGGAAGCUGCAUCAUUCGGGAAGGUGACCCAGUGAAUGAAAUGCUCUUCAUCAUGAGAGGAACACUAGAGAGUACCACAACAAAUGGUGGACAAACUGGGUUCUUCAACUCUAAUGUUCUAAAAGGUGGAGACUUCUGUGGUGAAGAGCUCCUCACAUGGGCCCUUGACCCCACUUCAGCUUCAAAUCUUCCUGGCUCAACUAGGACAGUGAAGACGUUGUCUGAAGUUGAAGCUUUUGCUCUGAGGGCUGAUGACUUGAAGUUUGUUGCCACACAAUUCAGGAGGCUCCACAGCAAACAACUCCAACAUACCUUCCGAUUUUACUCACAGCAAUGGAGGACCUGGGCUGCUUGCUUCAUACAGGCAGCUUGGCACAGAUACUGCAGAAAGAAGCUGGAAGAGGCUUUAUAUGAGAAGGAGAAGAGGUUACAAGCAGCAAUUGUAAGUGAUGGCACUACUUCGCUCAGUCUUGGUGCAGCGCUCUAUGCUUCACGUUUUGCUGGCAACAUGAUGCGGAUCUUACGGAGAAACGCCACCAGAAAGGCCCGUUUGCAGGAAAGAGUACCUGCAAGACUGUUACAAAAGCCAGCAGAACCCAACUUCUUCGCUGAAGAUAGCUGAACUUGUACCCUGUAGCAAGCAGGCAUUCAUGAUCCAACCGGUAAAAUUUGUUCAUAAUUUACGAUUCGAUGCUGUAGUUAGAUCAGGUGCUCUAAAGCGUCUGGUUUAAAUCAUGUAAUUUAGUGUAUAUUUCGAUUGUAUACAUCAAUACAUGUUGCGUGUAUUACCUCUUGUGCAUUUGGGAAAGAAAAAGAAGAUGCUGUGAAUGUAAUCGAUCAAUUGUUAACUUUUUCCCCCUGUAAGGAUUGUUUGUUAACUUGGAUAUGCUCACGUGUGACGCUGUGUUGAUUUGAUA